UUCAUGGCAAAUAUUGUUGCUCAAGUGGCAAAAAAAUACGGAGCUGUAAUAUUUUUCCCUACCUUUACUGCCGCCACUAUUUUUGCCGACUGGUCUAAUACACAGGCCUGGAAACGUAAACAAAAGGAACUAGCUCAGACUAAAGAACUUUUGAAAAACUAAUCUCCAAAUAUGUUGGGUAUCGACAAACGUUACAUUUUUGGCGUUUUGCCUUUGCUUGGUUUUGCUAUUGGCCACUUUUUGGAUUUAAAGGAAACCGAACGUAUGACCAUGUUCAGAGACAAGAGUGCUUUGUAUGGUCGUCCUGAGGGCAGACAACAGCCAUCAUGGUAAUCAUAAUGGAGGUGGAAAACCAAACUAUCCGUUUAAGAUGUAAAAAAAAUAUGUUUAUUUUUAAUUUUUAAAAAUAUAUCGAUAGAAAACGAUA